CCUUGUCUUGUCACUAUCACUAUCUGACACAUCCUCUUCCAACCGAUAACUUCCACCUUUCACCUCCUCCUCACUCCUCACAUCCCCAACCAUCGCCCGCUCAACCUACUUAGUCAAUCACCAUGCUCCGCCAAUCCAUCACCAAGCCUCUCACCAGCACUGUUAUCAGCCGCUCCUUCUCUGCUCUUGCCCCCAGAAUGGCUGCAGGUGAUACCGGUGCUCCCCGCGCUGGCGGUGUUCAGUCAAGUGACUCAUUCCAGAAGCGUGAGGCCGCCCAGGAAGGCCGAUACAUCCACGAGAAGGAAUUGGAGAAGCUCCAGAAGCUAAAAGCGAGCAUCAAGGAUCAGCGUGAUCACCUUGACAAGCUCGACAAGCACAUCGACGAGAUCACCAAGGAGCAGGGCGGCGAGCAGAACUAGAAUUUACGUGCACACUCCCCAAUACUCAACAUCCUCUAUAUCUUUCGAAGGUGACUUGUCAGCUGGGUCUACUACAUAAGCCUCUUGUUUCCUCAUUUUGUUUCUUCGCGCCUACUAUAUCCCCGCGAAUGUGUCACCCCCCUCUCUGUG